AUGGCACCAACUUUCUACGGCAACGACGGAGUUUUCAGGUCGCCAAGACCACCCAUUGCUCUCCCACAAGACCCAAACCUCUCCAUGGUUCCAUUCCUCUUCAGAAACCUUCCAUCUCUCUCCCAAAGCCUCGCACUCGUCGACUCUGAUUCUAACGAAACCUUAACCUUCUCUGACCUCAAAACCAAGGUCUCCAAUCUUUCUCACGCUCUUCUCAAUCUUAACAUUGCCAAAAACGAUGUAGUCCUCAUCUUCGCGCCCAACUCCAGUCUCUUCCCCAUUUCCUUCCUCGCCGUCGUCGCCAUCGGUGCCAUCGCCACCACCGUCAACCCCCAAUACACCGUCUCUGAGCUCUCCAAUCAAGUGAAAGACUCAAACCCAAAACUCAUCAUCACUGUCCAUGAACUUCUCCCCAAAGUCGAACACUUCAAUUUACCUUGUAUCUUAUUAAGUUCUAAAAAUUCAGUUCACAACUCAAAUCAUUCUACGUAUUGGUUUUAUUCAGAUUUAAUAAAUUCAUCCAAGAAUUUAUCAGAUUUACCUUCGUCGUCAGUUGUACAAGGUGAUAUUGCUGCUCUUUUGUACUCAUCAGGGACAACAGGGAGAAGCAAAGGGGUUGUCCUAACACAUCGCAACUUCAUUGCUGCCUCGUUAAUGUUGACAUCGGACCAGCACUUUUACGGCGAUGCCCUGAAUGUAUUUUUGUGUUUUCUUCCGAUGUUUCAUAUAUUUGGGGUAUCGCUGAUACUUUUCGCGCAGUUGCAGCGGGGGAACACGGUAGUGACGAUGGCACGAUUCAAAUUGGAGAAGGUGUUGAGGACGAUUGAGAAGUACAAGGUGACAAACAUGUUUGUGGUGCCCCCGGUUGUGAUUGCAUUGGGGAAGCAGAGGGAGGUGGUGAAGAAGUACGAUGUGUCGUCGUUGAAGGAGAUUGGAUCGGGAGCUGCACCAUUAGGAAAGGAUGUGAUGGAAGAUUGUGCCAAGGGUUUUCCUCAGGCUCGGAUUUUGCAGCUUUAUGGUAUGACAGAGAUGUGUGGAAUCAUCUCAUUGGAGGAUACCAGGAUAGGAUCUCGCUAUUCAGGGUCAAGUGGAGUGCUUGUUCCUGGAGUUGAAUCACAAAUAGUAAGUGUGGAUACAGGGAAGCCUCUUCCACCAAAUCAGAAAGGCGAAAUAUGGGUUCGUGGACCAAAUAUGAUGCCAGGUUAUUUCAACAAUCCAAAGGCCACAGAGCAGACCAUAGAUAAACAAGGUUGGGUGCACACAGGUGAUCUUGGCUAUUUCGAUGAAGAGGGACGAUUAUAUAUUGUGGAUAGAAUUAAAGAGCUUAUCAAGUGUAAAGGCUUCCAGGUGGCACCAGCAGAGCUUGAAGAGCUGCUGCUUUCUCACCCGAAAAUAUCAGAUGCUGCUGUCAUCCCGCUUCCUGAUGCAGAAGCUGGUGAGGUCCCAAUUGCAUAUGUUGUCUGUUCACCAAGUAGCUCACUAACCGAAAAGGAGGUUCAGAAAUUCGUUGCAGAACAGGUUGCACCAUUCAAAAGACUACAUAGAGUGACUUUCAUAGAUCGCAUUCCCAGGUCAGUUGCAGGAAAGAUUCUGAGGAGAGAGCUCAUCCAGAAAGUUCAAUCCAAACUCUGA